AUGGAUCAGGGAAAAAUUAAUAAUAAGGCAGAUAAUAGAUCUAAUAUAAAUGAGCUGAUGGAGGGCAUCUUGCACGAGAUGGGCAUUGGGAAAUAUGAUCCAAAAAUAUGUCACAUCCUCGUCGAUAUCACGCAGAGGGAGUCCCUUAUGAUUCUAAAUAAUUCGCUAAAUCUCAGUGAAAUUAGGGUAUCUACCGAACAAGGUAGAUUGGCAAGCCCGUAUAAGAACAAAAAGGGCAUUUCUACUGUUAUUACCGAAGAAGAUGCUCAGUUGGCUUGUCAGGAAUAUAUCUAUAAACAAGUGGUCCGACCAAGUAUUCUUCUGGAUAUUAAGGAAAUGCAAAAUUACACCAAUAAUAGCACUCUAGGAUCCGUUAAUGGCUCUAACAUAUUGUCAGGCACAACUAAAAACGAAAAUAUGGACAAAGGCAGCUCAGUUUGGAAGUUAAACGCCAAGAUAUCGUUAUCGGGAGAAUACCCCAAAGGAAUACCGCCACAUCUACCAGAGGACGCAAAUCUAAACACAUUAUUACCUAAUUGGACCCCUUUGCCCGCAAAUACAGUAACACAGACGCCUAGUGGUAGAGAAUCUGGGGGCCAUAACUAA